AUGGCAAUUCCACUCUCUCUUUCAAUACUCCUGCUUGUUUUAGCCCCAAAUUUUAUUUCCUGUUCGCCAGUUCAAGAUCCUGAAUUGGUAGUGGAAGAAGUACACAGGAGCAUCAAUGCCUCUAGAAGAAACUUGGGCUUUCUUUCUUGUGGAACCGGCAAUCCCAUAGACGAUUGCUGGCGGUGUGACCCCGGAUGGGAGAAGAAUCGGAAAAGAUUAGCCGAUUGUGCCAUUGGGUUCGGUAAGCAUGCCAUCGGUGGCAGAGAUGGUAAGAUAUAUGUAGUGACAGACCCCGGUCAUGAUGACCCUGUGAAUCCCAGGCCAGGCACCCUUAGGCAUGCUGUUAUACAAGAUGAGCCUCUAUGGAUCAUUUUCUCUCGUGACAUGGUGAUCAAGCUUAAGGAAGAGCUGAUCAUGAACUCUUUCAAGACGAUCGAUGGAAGAGGAGUUAAUGUGCACAUUGCUGGUGGUCCAUGCAUCACUAUACAAUAUGUGACCAACAUUAUAAUUCAUGGCAUAAAUAUUCAUGAUUGUAAGCAAGGAGGGAAUGCUUAUGUGAGAGAUAGCCCUAGUCAUUACGGGUGGAGGACUAUAUCGGACGGCGACGGGGUAUCGAUAUUCGGAGGCAGCCAUGUGUGGGUGGAUCAUUGCUCUUUAUCCAAUUGCAAUGAUGGGUUGAUUGAUGCAAUUCAUGGAUCCACAGCCAUAACAAUCUCAAACAAUUACUUGACUCGUCAUAACAAGGUCAUGCUCUUAGGCCAUAGUGAUAGCUAUGAACAAGACAAGAACAUGCAAGUCACCAUUGCCUUCAACCGCUUUGGAGAAGGGCUUGUGCAGAGAAUGCCAAGAUGUAGACAUGGAUAUUUUCACGUGGUAAACAAUGACUAUACACAUUGGACAAUGUACGCAAUUGGUGGCAGUGCUGAUCCUACAAUUAAUAGCCAAGGCAAUAGAUUUCUUGCUCCCAAUGAUAGAUUUAACAAAGAGGUGACUAAACAUGAGAAUGCACCACGAAGUCAAUGGAAGAAUUGGAAUUGGAGGUCUGAAGGGGAUUUGCUGUUAAAUGGAGCAUUCUUCACGGCAUCUGGUGCUGGAGCUUCUUCUAGUUAUGCCAAGGCAUCCAGCUUAGGUGCAAGACCAUCUUCCCUGGAAGGGUUCACGUUGCUGAUUAGUGGCUUUGCACAGAAGCCCAUGGAGUGUAUAAAGCUGCCUGUUAAUCUAAAUGAGAAUCUUGAUGGUGCAGAAAAGAAAACCAGUGCUCAUGCUAUGUGCCUUUUCGAUGAGUAA